GGGAAGCUGCUGCUGUUGGUGCUGCUCGUUCGAGUCGCAGGUACCUGGCCUGGGGCCCGUGGGCAGCGCCUGGGCUAGAGCCAGUUGAUACCACUUGCACCGUCCCUGUAGCACUGGAGGUCCAGUAGGCUUUGCCGGGGCCCUGAGGGGCGAGGGUGCCCGGGCUUCCCGUACCUUCCGCGGCGACUGGAGGGAGCCAGGCCGAGGAAGCGACCGCGGAUCCUUGCCAGCACAUUACGGAAUAUUUUUGUUGAACCUUCUUGAGAAUUCAGAGAAACUGCUGAGAGACCACUGAACGAAAGAUCUAAUCUUAAGGCUUACGCGUGUUCCAUCCGCCACAUCAGAACAAUGUCGUAUGUUUUUGUAAAUGAUUCUUCUCAGACUAACGUGCCCUUGCUACAAGCCUGUAUUGAUGGGGACUUUAAUUAUUCUAAGCGGCUUUUGGAAAGUGGCUUUGACCCAAAUAUUCGUGACAGCAGGGGCAGAACAGGGCUUCACCUUGCAGCAGCUCGAGGGAAUGUCGACAUCUGCCAGUUACUGCAUAAAUUCGGUGCCGAUCUUCUGGCCACAGAUUAUCAAGGAAACACAGCUCUUCACCUCUGUGGCCACGUGGAUACUAUCCAAUUUUUGGUUUCCAAUGGACUCAAAAUUGAUAUUUGCAAUCAUCAAGGUGCUACCCCUUUAGUUCUGGCAAAGCGCAGAGGAGUAAAUAAAGAUGUCAUCCGAUUGCUGGAAUCUUUGGAAGAACAGGAGGUGAAAGGAUUUAACAGAGGAACCCACUCAAAACUGGAGACCAUGCAGACAGCUGAGAGUGAAAGUGCCAUGGAAAGCCAUUCACUCCUCAAUCCCAACCUGCAGCAAGGUGAAGGAGUCCUUUCCAGCUUCCGAACCACAUGGCAGGAGUUUGUGGAGGAUCUGGGCUUCUGGAGAGUAUUGCUCUUGAUCUUCGUCAUUGCUUUGCUGUCUCUUGGCAUUGCCUAUUAUGUGAGUGGGGUGCUACCCUUCGUGGAAAACCAGCCUGAACUGGUGCAUUAAAGGAGCUCAUGGAAGAUGAGGCAAUUAAUUGCCUGUUUCCUGGCUUCCAAUGUUUGUUCUCAGUUUCUCAGAAUUUUUCUUAGUGCAAAGCAGUGAGGGCGGUACAUGUUUCUUUUUGCAUUUUUAAUUAUUGUAAUCCUUUUAGAUAACCAUGUGUUCAUUUGAACUAACUACAUACUAUGAUCAAGUAUAUUGCAUCCUAACGCUACCUCUGACUCAACUUGACUUUGUAGGAAAACCUACAUGUAGCCUUGUUUGAUAAAAACACAGAAGUGACUAGAGAAUGGAAGAUAAAGGAAGAAGCUAGGAAGUCCUUGCUAUCAAAACCUUAUCCUAAUAUAGGACCAAUUGAAGUAUUCAAAAAGAAAAACAGUAUCUUAUAUGAUUAGUUUUUGUUGGUUGUUUUGUUUUCAUUUAUUUUUGCAAGAGCCACUUUUUAUUUACUUUCUCUAGGGAUAAGAGAUAAAACUUGAAGUACUUUUUUCAAAUCUUGUGUGCAAAUUAGUAUUGUUAGCAUCUAUUCAGCUUAUUUUAGUAUUUUUAAGUCUAGUCACAAACCAAACAAAACUUUUGAAAAUGAGCUAUAUUUUGUUCAAAGAUGAUUGAUUUGAUCUUAUAUUUGUUUGUUUUUAGGAUAAUUUUUGAUCUUUUUGUAAACUGCUUUGCUUGUUAAUAUCUGUGAAAAAUAAAUGAGUUCAUUUUGUUCACUUUCCAACUUUCCCUAGUAUCCUAGUCAUCAGAGAUAACAGUUCAUCAGAAUUACAGUCAGAAAAUCCUUUUUCUACUGAAUAGUUAGCAGGGAAAAAUAAUUCUGAUAUUUAACUGUCAUAAUUCUGUAGUGCUAUUAUAGUGAAAAACUCAGUUCUAUAAGCUAGCUGUGUUGUCACAGUUUUAUCAUAGUUCAUAAUUAUUUCAUGUGCAAUCCUAUUUAGAGGCCCUGUUAGACUUUUAACAAUCCCAUCCAUAUCUGUAAUUCUCUGAUGGCAAGAAUGGAUGGAGCAUUUCUGAGUUAACAGUGCUGAACAGUAUCAUACUGGGUGUCAUAAACUCUUUUUGAAUGGUAAUAUUAUGUAAAUUGAAAUCUGGCCCUCAAACUAUAUUGCAGCUUUCAGCAGUAUGUUUGAAGGCCUCUUUUGUUAACGAUUCUGUAAUGUAUGAAUUAUGUUCUUGAGUUAUUAAAAAAGAAUAUGAAGGCUUGAUAAUUAUUCAUUGGGUAAAGUCAGGAAAUUGUAGUGAAAGAACUAAUGGUUUUGUUUUUGGAAUAAAGGCACCUAAGCUAUUGCUAAUUGAAUUGCUGCUAGAAUUAGAAAUUAUGCUUUAGAAUAGAAUUGGUAUUUCUGUGAUUCUUUUUGCUUCUUGGUAUUUUCUCUUGUAUCUAUGUAUCUAGUAUUGAGGCUUGCUCUUUCAUGUGGCUUUAUCCUCUCUUUAAUAGCUGUUGUAAAAUUCCUGAGUAACUGGCUGCUUCAGGAUCAGCUUGCAGAGUCUUGCUUUUAGGUUAGAUACAAACAAAGUAAAUCAUAGUUGGUGUAAAUACAGCAAAAAACAGCUGACUUUAGAAUGGAGAACACUACAAUUCAAAUUUGAAGUACAUUCAGAAGAAAACUUUGGAAUUAGCUUUACAUUUGUUUGUAAAUCUAAACAAAUAUGCAAAAUUGGUCAAAAUGUAAGUAUAUAGCAUUUUUAAAGAUUAAUGGUUCCUUUUAUGUGCUGAUUUCUUUGUAUUCUGUUCUCUGCAUUCAUCAUUCAGGAAUACCACCAAUAAAUGUAUUUAUAUAUCCCUUAA